AUUAAUGCAAGCCGAAAAUGACCAUUAUUAAGAGAGUUCAAAUAAUAUUAAUCAUCUUCGUUAAAAAUCAUCAUAUGUAUGAAGUAUUCCAAAUAUCGUUUCAGUUAAUCAGGAAUAGAAGAAAAAUAUAUGAUGACAAGGAUUUUAGAUAGGUUGUCAAAAAUUUUUACAAUUUGGUCUCCGAAAUUAAUAAAGGUUAAUAAUCUGUCUAAUGAUUAUUAGUUAAGAAAAUAUCAAAGGCUCCUAUAAGGAAAUAGCCUCAAUAAAUGAAAUAAAAAAAUACAAUCAAAAAUAAGUAACCAUCAACUAAGGAACUUUCUUAUUCUAAAAGGGAUGUCAAUUUCAGACCUGAUUAAUAAGCUUAAUAAUACUUCAAUUCUUGUUUCAGUCAAUAAAUUAUGAGUCACUUGUUGCCUAAUUUCGAUCAACCUUGUAAUAAAUAAACUCCAUUUUUUUAUGAUAAACCAAAGCCUCAUCUCAAUUUCAAACGAAAUCAAAUGCACAUUUAAGCAGCAUACUAAAUUUAUAUAAAAGAGUUUGGCUCUGGAUUAGUAGAUAGUAGGGAUCCAACAUCAUUUGCAAGAAAAGUUAUGAAUUCCAACUUUAAUUCUAAAGUAAAAAUUCAUUAAGAACCAGACCCAAUAUUAAGAAGAAGAAAAGGAGAGUGAUAGAUCAGAAAAAUUAAAUAAAUCUUAUGAAGAUGGCAAAAAGAAACCUUUAAAAGAAUUAGUUCGAGAAUUUUAAAGUGAUUAAUGAUUUUAAGAAAACAAAC